UUUUGUCCCAUACCAUUAAAGUUGGAAAUACCACCAAACUUUGUCUUCUCAACAUGGGCGUCUUUCACCAUGAAGAGGCACCAAAUCCUUCUAAGAAAUGCAAGUUCCUUGCUGCAACUUUGAAGGAUGUGUUUUCUAAUUGCAAUACUUGUGGUGGACGGAUUUCAACUUCAAGCCCGAAGGAAGAGUUUCCAACUGCUGACGUUGAUGACGAGCAGGAAGUUAUUGUUUCAGAAAUUCGAAGCAGAGCCAUGGAAAAGUUGAGGCAUAAACCCUUUAUUUUCACAGAGAGCUUUUCCUGGGUAUACUCUCCGAAAACAGGAGAAUUGUUUGUAACCCCGAAGGCUGCUCAACAAAAGGAUGACGGCAACGAUGACAAUGAUUGGAAAAACUAG